GCGCGCCUGCGCAGAGCGGCGAAGGUUGGCUGGCAGUGGGGCUGUUGUUCCUGCUCGCGUCCCGGCCGCCCUUCCUGCGCGCGGGCCGGGAAGAGGCGGGGUUUCCGGGCGCGGGCGCCGUCGGGCCUGACGUGACGCCAGCCCCGAGGAUGGCCCCGCGGGGACGUCGGUAGCGGCGGCAGGUUGCCAGGCCGCCUGUGGCCCAUCUGGCAGGCAGCAGCUUCUCUCUGUGCCCCGUGGUGACAGCAACAUGAGUGAGGUCUCAGUCGUUAAGGAGGGAUGGCUGCACAAGCGAGGGGAAUACAUCAAAACCUGGAGGCCCCGCUACUUCCUCCUCAAAAGCGACGGCUCUUUCAUUGGCUACAAAGAGAAGCCCGAAGCUGCAGAUCACAGCUCACCCCCUUUGAACAACUUCUCUGUUGCAGAAUGCCAGCUGAUGAAAGCCGAGCGACCUCGCCCCAACACCUUCAUCAUCCGCUGCUUGCAGUGGACGACGGUCAUUGAGCGGACGUUCCACGUGGACUCGCCUGAGGAAAGGGAAGAGUGGAUCCAGGCGAUUCAGAUGGUGGCCAACAGCUUAAAGAACCAGGAGGCAGAAGAGGAGGACAGAAUGGACUACAAGUGUGGCUCCCCCAGUGACAGUCCAGGGGCUGAGGAAAUGGAAGUGGCUGUGACCAAGGCCAGAACCAAGGCGACCAUGAGUGACUUUGACUACCUGAAACUCCUGGGAAAGGGCACUUUUGGGAAGGUCAUCCUCGUACGGGAAAAGGCCACGGGGCGCUACUAUGCCAUGAAGAUUCUGCGCAAAAAGGUCAUCAUUGCCAAGGAUGAAGUGGCCCACACAGUCACAGAGAGCCGAGUGCUGCAGAACACGAGGCACCCCUUUCUCACGGCCCUGAAAUACGCAUUCCAGACCAACGAUCGCCUCUGCUUUGUCAUGGAAUACGCCAACGGAGGGGAGCUGUUUUUCCACCUCUCAAGAGAACGCGUCUUCACGGAGGAGCGUGCCCGCUUUUAUGGAGCUGAGAUUGUUUCUGCUCUGGAGUAUCUCCACUCUCGGGACGUUGUCUACCGUGACAUCAAGCUGGAGAACCUCAUGCUGGAUAAAGAUGGGCACAUCAAGAUCACGGACUUUGGGCUGUGCAAGGAAGGCGUCUCCGAUGGUGCCACCAUGAAGACCUUCUGUGGGACACCAGAGUACCUGGCCCCAGAGGUGCUGGAGGACAAUGAUUACGGGCGGGCCGUGGACUGGUGGGGCCUGGGGGUGGUCAUGUACGAGAUGAUGUGUGGCCGGCUGCCCUUCUACAGCCAGGACCACGAGCGCCUCUUUGAGCUCAUCCUCAUGGAGGACAUCCGUUUCCCGCGCACCCUCAGCCCUGACGCCAAGGCCCUGCUGGCCGGCCUGCUCAAGAAGGACCCCAAGCAGAGGCUGGGGGGCGGCCCCAAUGAUGCCAAGGAAGUAAUGGAGCAUCGGUUCUUUGCUGCCGUUAACUGGCAAGAUGUGGUUCAGAAGAAGCUCAUCCCCCCUUUCAAGCCCCAGGUGACAUCCGAAAUAGACACGCGGUACUUUGAUGACGAGUUCACAGCCCAGUCCAUCACCAUUACGCCACCAGAUCGAUACGACUGCGUGGACCCCCUGGAUGCCGACCAGCGGACCCACUUCCCUCAGUUCUCCUACUCUGCCAGCAUUCGGGAGUAGGGCUGGAGCGCCUGCCUGAGAGAGCGUGGGGCCAGCCAGACCCAGGACUCGGGUGGUUCCCACUUCUGGGGGGCAAAAGGAGGACCCUGGACCUGCCGCAUCAGCCCUUCCAGUCAGGACCAGCUGGCUCACUUGUGGCCUUGUGGCCCUAACCCCCCCCCAUCUCUCCCUGCCUCUGGGCCACAGCUGAGUUUUACGUGGACAUUGCUUUGGCGUGUUUGGGUGGUCUCUGAGGCUGCGCUCUGCCACAGGAUUGUGUCGGUGGAAGGCAGGGACGCUGUUGGCUGCCUCCUGUAAGGGGUGCCACCCUGGACCCCGGAAUGUGUAUGGCCCUAGCAUUAUAGCUUGCAAGGCUGUGCUAAGACGGGCAGAGCCCCCAAAUCCCACCACCCAAUUUUUGUGGGAUAGUGGCCGGCUGGCCGGCCACCACUCAGGUGCCUCUUGAGAUCAGUGGCCUGGCAGCUGUUACUUGUUGACCUUCGAUGGAGCAGAGCAAAGGGAUUCCCUAUCACCUCUGUGGGUGCUGCUGUUAACAAGAACUUUGAGGUGCCCUCCAAAUAAUGGGGUGGAAGCUGGCCCCCAUUUAAAACAGCUGGGGGGGCAAGGUAACAUCUUCUUGCCCCUGGACAAGUGUGCAGCUGCUGCUUCCCUUUGCUGGAGGGAUUGGGCCCAGCUGCCCCUGCCCAUUUGUUCCUCUGAAGGGGGCUGUCCGUGUGGGGUUGGGGGGGGGGGGCUGAGCUCCUUGUGGCACUGGUAACGCUUCCCUCCCUCUUUUCAGCUGUGGAAGAGGCUGCUUGCCUCUCUGCCCAUCUCUGAGCCUGAGAGGAAGGCAACCCCCAGGCAGGCCCUCUCCCUGCCUGCCUGCCAUGGCUGCAGGGCCCUGCCUUGGGAGGAAGGGAGGUUUGGUAUCCAGGCACCUUUCACCUUACCCCACCAGCCCUGUGUGGCUUGGCCAGGGAAGGAGCAGGCCAGGCAGGCUGGAGCCUCUUGGCCUCUGCCAGGGCAGCCCAGGAUCUGCUGAGUUGCUGCAGGGGGCCCGGAAGCCACCCAGGCAGACCCCCGUCUUGCUAAAGGAGGGGUUGUCCUCUGGCCAGAAUGACCGGAAGGUGGGCUGUCCUUCCUGCAGCUGGUUAACAGUCCGCACGCACACACUGUACAAAGAGUGGGAGGCCUUCAAGAAAAGGGGCUGCCCCAGCCCUUGUUAUUAACACCCCCAGCCUCUGCCUGUUGCUGGCAGGCCAGAGCAGCCCCUCCUGCCUAUCUGUGUUGCCUCUCAGGCAGGUACUGGAGGACGCCACCUGAUGGGCUGGAGGACAGCAAAGGCCCCCAAGUGCACCUUUGCCCUACCUGACCCUCCUGGUGACCUCAGCAGACCUGAGACUCUCGUGCCUCCCGGGGUUUUGGAAUCUGCCAGGGACUUCUGCCAAUCCCACGAUUGCUCUGGGCUCCACGGGGAGCCUUCUUUCUACAAAACUGGGGGGGCGGGGGGGGCAUAGACCUGGCUGCAAAUAUCCAUGGCGGCCCUGGCUGCCUUCCCAUAUCUUCUCUUGCGGGCUGCCAGUGACAAUUGCACGAUUCCACUGUGCUGAUCCCCCAAGCAGGCCCUUCCCUGACCCGAUGUCCCGAGAGGCCCCGCGGCGUCGGAAGGAGAGAGCUGGGGCUCCCCCAGUGAAUACGGUCUCCCCUGUCCUUGAAGGAGCUCUAGGACUCCCAGUCGGCUGCCCUGUUGCUGCCUGCUUACCUGUGCCCUGCAGCCUGUGCAGGGUGGCUCCCGUCGGGCACUCCUGCCCAGUCCCUCCUGAGAGCAGGGAGGGCGAGCCCCAGCUGCUCCAGACCCACCACAUGGCCUUUUCAGCACACCCGAAGUGCCGGCAGCCCCCGAGCCUCUUUGAGCCUUUUGGGUCUGCCCAGAAUAUUCAGCUGAGGAGGCUCCUCAAAUUGCGGUUCGGCUUCCUCGGGAGGAACUCUUGUGCCCUGGACUUGCAGCGCCUGGUGGGACCUCGCCCCAUGUGACGCUUGGGGUGGGGUGGGGGCUGGGGAAGAAUAGUUUUUCACUAUUUUUUGUUGUAGUCCUAAUUCAGAUUUACUAAUUUAAUGUUGCCCCUGUUAGAUUAGAGUGAAGCACCCACUCUGUUGCGGCCCGUUUCCUCCCCUGUUCUCCCCACUGCUGGAAGCCAACAGCACAUCUGGCCUUUCACAGACAGGGCUGGCUCGAGAUCCUGAGCUCCAUUCAUAAAAUAAAGUUUGCUGGAGAGUUUUUGUAUAAAUGUGGCUGAUAAGCACAAAAACUGGAAAGGCUUUUUUUUUUUUUUUUAGUAAACCACAAAUUGCCUUCCUCUACCCUCAGAUUUGUACGGUACAAGCAAUAAAAGAUUUUAUUUCUUGGUUA